AUGUACCACGAAGGCGGACGUGAGGUUACAGAUGACCUCGUGGAUCAGAUCGCCUUAGGCGAUGGCGCUUUCUACGUUGAGCACCUGGAAGAAGUGCGUGUUGCGGCGGACGACCGCUACGAAGUUCUAGUCAAGUGGCUCGGCUUGGAUGCCGAGGAAUCGUCCUGGGAGCCGGUCGACAACUUGCUUGAAGACAUCCUGGUAGUUCUGCGCAAGUGGUGCGCUGCUCACAAGGACGAAUAUCAUGUCGCGGACAUGAUAGCCAACCUAGGUCUCCCUUAG